GUGAUUACGGUAACAUGCUUCUCUGGAUUAUUGCGGAUUUAGUGAGUCGCAUCCCGGCGGGAAGAUGUCGGAUUCGUGUGUUUCAUGUCGCAGGCGGUGAACUCUGAUAAACCGAUCAGGACUGACUCAGGACAUUACUGUAAGAACAGACACAGAAGGAAACGUCUCGAUUCACUUCUGCAGUGUUUUUAAUAACACAUCAGCAGUCUUCAUGUGCACAAAGAUUAACUGCAGCUUCAUGUAGAAGUCUGUUCAAUGUUGGAAUUAAACAUGAGUGACAUGAGAAGAAACGCCAUCAGGAGGAAGUCCAAACCGAAGCAGCGUGACGAUAAAGUUGGCAAGCCAAGCAGCUUUGCUUCCAAACAAUCUGAUGAAGAGGAAGUUUGUGUUGGGGUGAAGAUCACUCAGAACAAAGCUGUAGACAGCAGCAGCCCGACUGAACAAAGCCGUCACAGUGAGCGCUUGAGUCGUGCCUCCAUAUUCAGUGACAAGAGUCACACUGGAGUAAAUGGAAGAAGUUCAGGCCACCGGCAACUACAUCCCAAACCACAAGUGCCUCCAAAACCAACACACCUCCAGAGUCCGGUGACAGAAGUCUCUAUUAACAGAACGUCACCCAUUAAACCCAGCAUGGAGGGCAGAGGAGUAGAAGGAGCCAUUGGAAAGGGCAGAGUGUCCAACCUCAUCAGCCGCUUUGAAGAGAACAGUCACACAGACAGUCGGAGAGAGGGUGCGCUUCUGAAGCAGGUCAGCAGAUCUCCUAACUGCAGCCGGGCACACAAGAACUACCAGAAACAAGAGCAGCCGACUGACUCCAGCACCAACAGCCCACGUCAUGCUCUGAAAGCUCCUAAUGGGGUUCCAGCCCAAAUGAACAGAGAAGGUGACCGGGUUCAGGACCAGGAUGGAGUCACAGACUCGUCAGUUCCUGUUCUGAGGAGAGGCACGCAUGGACUGGUCAACGGAGAUGCAGCAGUGGACAGUAUGGACGGGAACGGUGUGGAUGUGACUCACAGUCAUAUAGACAGGGGCGAGGAGAAGUGUGUUGAGAUGAACAGCAGCACAGAGCAGAAGGAAACAAAUGAACAGAAGCUUUACAAGAUAGCAAAUGAGCUUCUACAGACAGAGAAGGCUUAUGUUGCUCGACUCAACUUAUUAGAUAAAGUGUUCUGUGCCAAGCUGAUAGAAGAGUCCAGAAAAGACACGUUCCCCAUUGAUGUGGUGAAAAACAUCUUUUCCAACAUCUCUUCCAUUAAUGCCUUCCACAGCCAGUUUCUUCUGCCUGACCUGGAGAAACGCAUGGGGGAAUGGAUGUCCACUCCUCGCAUCGGGGACAUCCUACAGAAGCUCACUCCCUUCCUGAAGAUGUAUGCAGAGUAUGUGAGGAACUUCGAUCAUGCCAUGGAGCUGCUGAAACAAUGGACAGAUCGAUCGCCUCAGUUCAAAGCCAUCAUUCUGGAAAUCCAGAGUCAAGAACAGUGUGGCAGUCUGACGCUGCAGCAUCACAUGUUGGAGCCGGUGCAGCGAGUGCCUCGCUACGAGAUGCUGCUCAAAGACUAUCUGAAGAAGCUUCCUCAGGAUCACAUAGACCGGCGAGAUGCUGAAAAGUCUUUGGAAAUUAUUGCCAUGGCUGCCACCCACUCCAACACUGCCAUCAGGAAAUCAGAUAACCUGAAGAAACUGCUGGAGAUUUACGAGAUGCUGGGAGAGGAAGAGGACAUAGUGAACGCCUCAAAUGAGUUAAUAAAGGAGGGUCAUAUUCUGAAACUUGCAGCAAGGAACACUUCAGCCAUGGACAGAUAUCUCUUCCUGUUCAACAACAUGCUGCUGUACUGUGUCCCCAAGUUCAGUCUGGUGGGACAGAAGUUUACAGUGCGCACACGCAUCGGCAUUGAUGGCAUGAAGGUUACGGAGACGUUUAACGAGGAUUACCCUCAUACCUUUCAGGUUUCUGGCAAAGAACGCACACUUGAGCUGCAGGCCAGCUCUGAACAGAAUAAAGAAGACUGGAUAAAGGCGUUCCAGGACACGAUACACAUCUUCCACCAGAAAAAUGAGACAUUUAAGUCCGCAUCCAAAGAAGUGGAGGAAGUACCAGAUCUUCAGAUAUCCGAGCUGGGGAAACGAGCCCCUCGCUGGAUACGGGACAAUGAGGUGACCAUGUGCAUGAAGUGCCGAGAGCCCUUUAACGCCCUCACACGCAGAAGACAUCACUGUCGAGCCUGUGGAUAUGUGGUGUGCUGGAAGUGUUCGGACUAUAAAGCCCCUCUGGAAUAUGACGGCAAUAAGAUGAACAAAGUGUGCAAAGACUGUUACUCCAUCCAGACGGGACACGUCGACGGCGAGGAGAGAGAGAAGAAGAAAGGGAUUCUAGAGAUUGAAGCAGCUCAGUUCUCGGGCAGUAGUAUAAUGUGUGGCUUCCUGCAGUAUUGUGAGAAGAAUAAACCCUGGCAGAAAGUCUGGUGUGUCAUUCCUCAGAAGGAAGCUCUAGUUCUCUACUUGUAUGGAGCACCUCAGGAUGUCAAAGCCCAAUCCACAAUUCCUUUGCUUGGCUACCAGGUUGAGGACACUCCAAGACCUGCAGAUCCUCCAUCUAGCUUCAGGCUAUCUCAAUCCAAGUCCAUCCACAGCUUUACAGCAGAAAGUGAAGACCUGAAGCAACGCUGGCUCAAGGUGAUCCGUAUGGCAGUGAUGGGUGAGGUACCAGAGUCCCCGCCACCUGGAGAGGGCACUGCCACCGAAGUCCCCCAGGAGCCCAUCUCUAACUGCAUCUGAGCGAAGAGAGAGGAGCUCUUGUGACAGGUUUAUUAAGGAUGUGGCAAUUUUGCCAACGCCACAAAGUGUUGACAUUUCUGCUCACGUUGCACAGACUUGUUCCACCAUCACAAACAGGAUCUAAAAGUCUUGUGUGUGCGCGCCCCCUGCUGGUCGGUUUGAGCUAUAGCAUUUGUCCGGUUGUCCUUCUGUAAUGUCCUGUUUGGAUUUGGAUGCUUACAAAACACAGGAAAAGGACGGCACAGUCACACUGUUUGGAUCGCACGUGUGGUGCUUCUGGACAUCAGCUUGAUCAUUGCCAGACUGAUGAUUCAAGUAUUCAAAGAAGAAGAGCACACGGAGGAAUAAACUAGAGAUCAUUUUUAGGCAUGCUAAGCUGUCAUCACCACCCACAAUGUUUUAAGCUGAUGUAAAUAUUGUAAUAUUUGAAGAAAAGACAGGUUUGUAUGUAUAGAACAUUGAGACAGAUACGUUCUCUUUAAAAAAAAAUAAAAGUGGUCUUGGGGCUUUCCGUAAAAUGAGGUCUCAAUCUAAAUUAUACGCUAUAAAUUGCAUUGUUGCACACUGCUCUGGAUCUCAUUUCACUAGGCCUGGAGGAGCAUUCGGCCAUUGUGAUUGGUGCCAAGAUGGAUUCCUGAAUUAUUUUUUUGCUCUAACAAACAUAUUACUCACCCUUUACCCAAACAGCAACUUUGAUCCGACCCAGAUUCCCCCAAAAAUCAGAGGAAUAUGAUUUACAUCUAAGAACACCAUUCUAACCCAACCCUAACCAUUCCUCACCCAUUAAAUCAGAUGCAUGUGAUUGGUUGAGAAAGCCCUAGCCUAACCAUGAACCCUUUCACUGCAAACGGACGGAUGAAUAGAGAUGUGGUACCAGGACCAGUAAAUAUGUUGAUGAAAGAGCACUUCCUGUUUAGUAAAUUCACGGUCAGCAGGAGUUGGGUUAGCUUGUAUGGGAUGUAAUCAGCAUUGCCACCUGCUGGUUGAUUUAUGGUUAAUGUUAGAUUAAUCGUCUGCUUUACGUCUAUCAGAAUGCACACUCAGAUCAGUUCCAGAAUGGGGAGAACAGUGACGACAAUGUGAAUAACUCACCAUAAUCUGUUUCAGUAUCAUUUCACAGCCUUAUCAAACCUGAACAAACGACCGCCAUUUGUGUUCUUAUAUGUAACGAUAAUUCUGCUGUGGGCGGCACAAUCAGCGUCAGUCGCCCACUGGAGCUACAUGACAUGUAAAUGUUCUUUAAAUACUGUAAUUAUAUUUGUAUUAUUUAAAAAUUAUUUAUAGCGGAUAUGCAUGAUUGUACAUAACUAAUAUAUAUAUAUAUAUAGCAAUCCACACUGUUCAAUUUUGGUAAUUUUGUAUCUGGUAAUAUUAAGGGGGAACAUAUAUGGUGGUAUUUCAGAAUUACACCAGCAUUCUUUUGGUUCUGCGAAGGGUAAGAAUUGAUAGAGUUGCAUAUUCCAAUAAUUACAAUUAAUAGCAUUUUAGAAAUAAAUUGGUAAUACUUUUUUAAUCAUCAUCGUAUUAUGAUAUUUAGGCUAAAUGUGUUCUUUAAUCACAUUCAAUAUGACAAAGCACAUUUUGUGAUGUUAG